UUAAACUCGAUAGAUUAUAUAUUUGAGAAUCAACCUUUAUUUAUUCACUUUAUCAAUUUCUUACCAAAUUCCAAAUUCCAUUAUUUGGAAGCCCUAACUGAUAUUAAGGCAUCAUCCAUUCCCCUUGGAUUCAUUUGCUGGACGUCGUGGAAUGACGGAAAAAAAUUAGCUUGGAAGAAAAAAAGUAGUAUGGGCGAGGAAUUUAUUAUUAAACAAAAAGAGGGGUGGUGUGUUAAGUAACGAAGUAGUGCGAAAAGAAAUUCAGAAGCCCAACCUAGCAAGGCCCAUUAGAAAAGUGUUUCCUUUCUUGUUUGUUCGGUUGAAUUUGGUUGAAUGGUAGCAAGGAACAGAGUAGUAGCAAUAAUGGGAACAAUGUCGGAAGUUGUGGAAAUAGAGAGUUUAGAGAAGAGUUUAUUGGAAGAGAAUGAAGAAACAGUAUUAUAUGCGGCGUCGUUUCAAGAAAUGGAGAAGAAUUUCGUCAAGUACCAAACGGUACAGUGGGUACUUUACUCGCUGUUACUGAUAUUAGCUUGGGGAAUUGGGUUACUCAUGUUGCUUUAUAUACCAAUCAGAAGGUUUAUACUUACAAAGGAUAUUCGUUCUAGAACUCUUUACCUUACUCCAAAUGCUAUUGUUUACAAGGUCACGAGGCCAGUACCAUUUCCAUGUUUUGGGGUGCUGCAUAAAGAGAAGCAUGUUUUAUUACAUUCUGUGGCUGAUGUCGUGGUUGAACAAGGGUACUUGCAAUCACUUUUUGGUGUAUAUUCUCUUAGAAUUGAAAAUGUUGGAGUUAGAAGGCCACCCAGUGAUGAUGUUAAAAUCCUCGGCAUUGCAAAUCCUAAUGCUUUCAAGAAGGCUGUUAUGAUGCGCCUAUCAAACAUGAGAAAUGAUAUUGUUUCAAGACAAGUGUCUACUCUAGAAGACGUUUCACAUUUGAUGAUGUCUCCAUCCAAGUCGUUGACAUAUGAUUCUACUCAUUUUGGGGAGCUGCUACUAUUGCAGAAACUGGAUGAAGUUGGAAGCUCUGUCAAGAGAAUACAGACUUUAUUUGAGGAGCAACAAUCUCAAAAAACAGAAUCCAUAGAUUGAGAUGAUGCAGAGAAUAGUGGAAAAAGCAGCAAUGGAAGUAAGUGCAAGUUGAUACCUCAUGCAACAUAGCUAGCUAUUCAUUGUUAGUUUGUAUAUCUUAUAGCAUUCAAGUACACCUUGUAAUUUUAUGAAAAAGUUGUAUAUCUUGAUUGUAGUGAUGCUUGAACGUGUCUAUAAUACCAUAAAUGUAUGUGUUUUAUUAAUUAAUUUGGUGUAAUUAUUUUUGCUUUCUCACGUAAUACAGGAGAUGGAGCUCAUUGGUGUAAUGCUAACAGUAUGAAGCUGAUACACCAUCCAUAUUAUGUGAGAAAGCUAAAAUAAUUGCUAGUUGAUUAAUGAAGUUAUAUACAAGUUCCUUUAUUUGGUGUAUUCUAGUAUUACUUAGUUGAUUAAUGAAUUUAUACACAGUUUGAGUUAUGACAUUAUGCUUUUAUGGUUAUUGAAUUUAUAUAGAGGUUGAAUUAUGGCCUUA